UAAUUUGGCAUUUCACGUGUUUAUUUCUGUUUAUAUUUUUAAUUUUCCCUUAAAAUAAUUAAAAAUGGAGAGUUUAAGCACAGAAGUUUCAGCAGAAACUACCAAGGAUACAGCAGAAGUCAUAGAAAGCAAGGAAAAUGUACAGGAAAAGGAGAAUGUAGCUGGCAAGGAGGAAACGGAAAUAGCCGGCGACGAAUUUGCCUACUUGGAGCGCAAUGAAUUCACUUCGGAAAUAUACAAAAUCGAAGUGAAAAAUAUGGGUUAUUUUGGUAUUGGUGAGUUCAAGAAGCUCUUAAAAAACACCCUGAAGCUGGACAUGACCAAGAUUAAGUCGCCGACCCGCAAAGAGUUUGCCUUUGUCUGCUUUCGCACCCAAGAGGACCAGCAGAGAGCACUGGAAACCCUGAAUGGCUACAAAUGGAAAGGCCGAGUACUUAAGGCCCUGGCAGCCAAGGCCUCCGCCGAUCCCCUACAGAAAAAACGAGCUGCCGAAGACCAAGGAGUGGAAGGAAAACCCAAAAAGCAGAGGACAGCCGUUGAAGCCACAUGUCCUUUGGCGGGGAUUCCCUAUGACCAGCAGCUCAAGCAAAAAUCCGAGGAGAUGUCCACUCUCCUCAAGAAAUACACCCAAGAGCUGAGGAAGAUCAAUCCGCGGGCCAAGCCGCAUCUGGACAAGUUCAAGUUCCAGGAGGUGCUUCCCUCUCCCACCGUCCAGGGUUAUAGAAACAAAAACGAAUUCACCGUGGGCAAAAACUCCUUGGGCGAAGUCGUUGUAGGCUUCCGGCUGGGCUGCUACAGCGAUGGCUCCGUGGAGGUGGCCGAGGUCCAGGAUUUGCCACAUUUACCUGACCAAGCCAAGUGGGCAGCUCGGAGUUUUCAAGAGCUGGUAAGAAAGUCCAAAUUCCUGCCCUUUAACCCCGAUGGCAAUGUGGGACACUUCCGGCAACUGAUGGUGCGGUGUUCAAGCGCCACAGGUGAACUUAUGCUGGUGGCGGGCAUAUACUCCUCCAAUCUGACUGCAGAAGAACAACAAGAGCUCAAGGAGGAACUCAAGUCCUACUACGAAAAUGUAGAGGAAGGUGCUCCCUACAAAUGCACCUCCUUGUACUACCAGGAUGUCAAGCAUCGAGAGGCGGGGCAGAUGGUCAAUCCAGUGGAUCACAUUCUGGGCAGCACACAUAUCACAGAUACCAUUCAGGGUCUUCAGUUUCGGAUCAGUCCCUUGGCCUUUUUCCAAAUUAAUACAGAAGGAGCCAAUGUCUUGUAUCAGCAGGCCAUUGACUUGGCUGCUCCCACAAAGGACACCACCAUGUUGGACAUUUGCUGCGGCACUGGCACAAUUACCCUAGCUUUUGCCAAGCAUUGCAAGAAGGUUUUGGGUGUGGAAAUUGUUCCAGAUGCCAUCAAGGAUGCGGAGUUCAAUGCCAAAGCGAAUGGUAUUCAAAACUGCAAGUUUUUCACGGGCAACGCAGAUGAUUUCAUCAAGAGCAUGGUGCGGGAGGCUCUGUACGAACAGGAACCAGGAAAGCCAGUAGAUCUCAUAGCUGUGGUGGAUCCACCUAGGGCAGGAUUGCAUAAUCGUUCCAUAGCCGCCAUCCGCUCGGCCAGUGCCAUCAAUCGUUUGGUAUAUGUCUCCUGUAAUCCACACAGUGCCAAGCGUAACUUUAUAGAGCUGGCCCGGCCAGAGUCCAAGGCUUAUAAGGGAGAACCCUUCUAUCCCAAAUCCGCUGUGGCCGUGGACAUGUUUCCCCACACCACGCACACGGAGCUGGUCAUUCUGUUUGAGCGUGAGCAAAAGACAAACCCAGAUCAGGAGAAACCUCAGGCAGAGGAGGCAGCCAAAGAUAAACCCACAGAAGCACCCACUGAGGCAACCACAGAGGCAUCAAUAGAAGCACCCACAGAGGCAUCAAUAGAAGCCCCCACAGAGGCACUGCCAGAAGCAAUUAUCGAGGCAAACAUUGCAUCCGCAACGUGACGUGCUUUGGGUACGGAGUGCAGGGUCAGUUUGCGGCGCCCAACACCAACCAAGAUGCCUCAUUACCGCUUAUCUGCCGCCAUACUGCCCUGCCGUCUAUCAUUGUUCCGCGCUCUCUCUCUUUGUGGCCGGCUGACUC